AUGGGCAAACUAAUCAAAAACCACUGGGCCCGCCUCCUCAUCCUCACCGCCGCCUUCUACCAAACCCUGGCCUCCAUCUACGCCUUCUUCUGGCCCAAAUUCUUCUUCGACUUCCUGACCACCAACCUCGACGGCUGCGUCAAACCCAUCCCCAUCCUGCAACUCAUCAAUCUCUUCCUCGGUCUGUUGGGCCUGGCGUGGGAAUGGCCAUUACCACUGUUCACAAAGGCCGCGAAGGCGAGCUCGGGUGCGAGCAAUAAACGGGGCGGAAGUGUCGCUACAGCGGGCAGGGGUCAUCAUGGUCGUGUGGGGAUCAAGCAUGGCUCGCAAUCAACGGUGGGGAAGGAGGAGACCCAGAGGGAAGGGGCGAGCGCGUUGCAGGUGGUGCUGGCGGGCAUGCAUAGGAGUAUUGAGGCGAGGCUGAUGGUGUAUCCGCUGUCUUCGCUGGCGGCCCUGCUGCUGUAUCAGGCCACGAAUGCAGGGCUGUACUAUAUCAUCGGCAUGGUUGUCUAUUUCUGGGCCUUCAGCGAGGGCGAGAUUGUGAUGGGCACACCCUGGACCUUACCAAGACGGGGAAGGGCAACAGUACUCAGAGGCAAGGUUUGA